AUGUUUCUAAAUUCCCUCAAUCUAUGGUUUGCCACCCUGCUCAGUGUCUUCUACUGCGUGAAGAUCGCCAACUUCAGCCAACCUCUCUUCAUCUGGUUGAAGCAGAGAAUAUCAGGGCUAGUGCCACAGCUAUUCACGGGAUUCUUUCUGGUCUCCUUGGUCACCUGUUUCCCUUCAAUCAAUGCCAUAGAAAGUAAGUCCUACUAUUUAUGGACAGUGAUAAUGAGUGCUUAUCCUUCUGGGCACUCUAUUAUCCUAAUUUUGGGUAAUGUCAAACUGAAGAGGGUAGCAGUGAGGGCUUUGCACUGUGCUGGUUGCAGGCUGAGAGAUGCCGUUUCAUAA